AUGGAGGUGCACAAGAACAAGUGGAUCGAGGAGUGGAACGCCGGCCGCGAGAACCUCGAGUUCAACUUCCGCUGGACCCGCCGCAGCCUCGCCGUCGUCGGCCUCUUCGGGCUCGCCGUCCCCAUCCUCGUCUACAAGGGCAUCGUCCGCGAUUUUCAUAUGCAGGACGAGGACGCCGGCCGGCCGUACAGGAAGUUCCUUCAGCAUUCGUUCACUGCUACAGCAGAGCAUGCCCUGCUCCAUGUUGAUGGAACCAUAGUUGACUUUCAUCUUGCAUACUAUGAGCCACUGUCUUAUUUGGAACAUCUUGCAUACUAUGAGCUCUUGUCUCAGUUAUCCACUGAACAUUUUCAGGAAAGUUAUAAAUGGAAUUGUGACCACAGGCCUGAGUCCUCCCCCGCCGUCGCCACCUCCACCAACCCCGACACCAACACCCAGGACGCCGCCGCCAGCCCAGCCGGUGAAUGUGCCAUCUCCUCCUCCGCCUGUCGUAAGCCCGCCGGCGCCUGGGGCGUCCCCAACCUCUCCGCCGCCGAGCAGCAGCAGCAUCCCGUCUCCGCUGGCGCCUCCCGUCGACGUCCCAUCUUCACCACCAGCGCCUCCGGCGCCGUCGACUAUAACUUCAUCCCCGCCGUCCAACAGCGGGACCGUGGUAGCCGCGAGCGUGGUCGGCGCGGUGGUCCUGCUAGGCCUCGUGGCUGGGUCGAACCCUACGACCCGCACCGGCCGCCGUCGCAUCUGCAGUCCCACGCGCUGUCGCCGAGCCCAUCGUCGACGCCGCCGCUGCUGCAGCCGCACUCGUUUGUGAGCAGCAGCGGGGCGUCCGAGUCGGCGUCGGCGCUGCCGGGCAUCGUGGUGACCGGCGGCGCGUUCGGGUACGACGAGCUGUCCGCGGCAGCGGACGGGUUUUCGGAGUCGAACCUGCUUGGGCAGGGCGGGUUCGGGCAAGUGUACAAGGGCACGGUGCGAGGGCAGGAGGUGGCUAUCAAGAAGCUGCGCUCCGGCAGCGGGCAGGGGGAGCGCGAGUUCCGCGCCGAGGUGGAGAUCAUCAGCCGCGUGCACCACAAGAACCUCGUCUCCCUCGUCGGCUACUGCAUCUAUGGCGAGCAGCGCCUUCUCGUCUACGAGUACGUCCCCAACAAGACGCUCGAGUUCCACUUGCACGGGAGCGGCCGGCCGGCGCUGGACUGGCCGAGGCGGUGGAAGAUCGCGGUCGGGUCGGCAAAGGGCCUCGCGUAUCUGCACGAGGAUUGUCAUCCUAAGAUUAUCCAUCGUGACAUCAAGGCGGCCAACAUCCUGCUGGACUACACCUUCGAGCCAAAGGUUGCAGAUUUUGGGUUGGCCAAAUACCAAGCAGCUGAACAGACGGCUGUUUCUACGCGCGUAAUGGGAACUUUUGGAUAUUUGGCUCCAGAAUAUGCUGCCACUGGCAAAGUGAAUGACCGCUCCGACGUCUUCUCAUUCGGCGUGAUGCUCCUGGAGCUGAUCACCGGGAAGAAGCCUAUCAUGAUGUCUCAUGGUGACCAACCUGACACACUGGUUGCUUGGGCGAAGCCCCUACUAGGGAGAGCUGUGGACGAGGGGAUCUUUGAUGAGCUGGUCGAUCCGAGGCUGGAGAACAACUUCGACUCGUACGACAUGGAGCGGCUGAUCGCCUGCGCGGCCGCCGCCGUGCGCCAUACCGCGCGGUCUCGCCCGCGGAUGAGCCAGAUCGUGCGUUACCUUGAGGGCGAGCUGGCGGCGGAGGACCUGAACGCCGGCGUGACGCCGGGGCAAAGCGCGAUGCAGCGGACCGGGGGAGGCACCACGGACCAGAUGAGGCGGCUGAAGAAGAUGGCGUUCGGCUCGGUCACCGGGACGGGCACCGUCAGCGAGUACACGAGCAGCGAGUUCAGCGAGCCGACGAGCGAGUACGGGCUGAACCCGUCCACCGAGUAUACCAGCAGCGCAGCCGGCGGCGACACGGGCGAGGUGACGGUGGAUGUGCAGAGGACCGCCGGCGGCGCCAGCGGCGAGGUGACCGGCACGGAGAGGCUGAGCAGGCGUACCACCGCGAGCAGGCAGGCAGGACGCGGCGGCCGGGUGUGAUAUCGGAAUUUCGGUGCCCCGGCCGGCGAGCCCGGUGAUGACGUACCUGAUCGUCAAGGUUGCGAUCGAUCGAUUGAAAUUGAAUCAUUUUGUUCGUGUAUAUACAAGCGAUAUACUGUCACUGUGAAUUAGAUUACGUUUCAAAUCCUUGCGGUUGUUUCUUUGAUUUUUCGAAUUCAUGCAAUUUUUGUUGGGGUGGAAGUUUGUAAAUUGUAUCUACAUUCACUAACCACCAAGGUGAAUAAACAUCAGGAUGAGAUUUGUUUAAAA